AUACUUAUUGUAUUGUCAGUAAUGACGGUAACAGUCUUUACCACAACUGAUCCACAAUUGGAAGCGUUGUCACAGAAUUUGCUUCAAUUAUUAAACCCGAUUGGAGUCGACAGCAAAUCACAUAAAUUUCUUCUUCAAUUAACUAAUGGUCAUCAGUUAUCCGCCAAUUCUUCGGACUCAUUGAAAGUCAUUCUUUCAUUUGAAGGCACUCUUAAACUGAAUGCCGAAAGAAAUGGUCAAAAACUGGUGCUUUCGUCACAACAUUUAGGCGGAGCUGUUGUUUAUAGCGGACAGAAGUAUAAGACAUUGAAUGGACCGCUCGAUAGAGACAACAAACCUGUCGAUCCAUUUCUUAAAAAUAUUUACGAUAAAAAUAUCAACACAAAUAAACAUUUAAGUGAUGACGAAACAGGUAUAUUGAUAGCUCACGGCUCAACUACCGGUGCCAAAGUAUUGGUCGAUAAAAUCGGAAAAGUCGACUCCGGAGUUGUCAGUGGUUUUGUUGUCGGCGCUAAAACCAAAAUUACUAAUUAA